UCAUUAAAAGAAAACCAAACAAAUAAAAUAAACUUUAAAAAAAAAUUCUUGAUGCAUAAAAAAUGGGACUGCAAGAUGGAAAUUUGAGUUAAUAUUUUCCGUCUUGUUGGGAGCUGUAAAGCAAAAUGGAUUGUAAUUUACAACUUGCUGCCUGGUGACAAAAAUAGAUCGAACACUGUUACUGAUAAUAAAACAAUAAAACUGAAUGGCCUGGGAAAUCGGAACUUUACAAAUACUCAUGAAGUAUCAUUUUGCACAUCAAGGAACAAAAUGGAUGUACUGUGGGUAACUCUAACAAUAAUAUUGAUAUCAGGUGUUAAAGGUGUACUUAUUCAGACUAGUGAUGUUACACUCAAUGUGAACUCCUUUGACAUUAGAUGCAGCCCUGCCAAUAGUGAGAUGCUUCUAUACGUAGAUUCCUUCACCGUGCACAGGAAUGGAACUCGAGUCGCUCUGGUCACCUAUAACCGUACCUCGAAAGGUUCUAAUCUUAUUGUGCCUGACGUUACUGACAACAGAUUCAGGUACAACUUGACUGGCAAUGUCCACGACGACAACCCAGCCAAUAAAUUCCUGAGGGUAGUUGUCCCUGCUAACCUUACGAGGUGUAGGGACGAGGGUAAUUACACGUGUGUUCUGAAUGGGCGGACCUCUGAUGAUAGCGCCACCUACGUCGAUCAGGCUUCCAAAUAUGUCAACGUGAGAACAACUGCGACAGCUAUAGAUGAAAUCUAUACACCUCCAACAAAUGACAACAUGUUAGAUCCGUCUGGAGGAGGAAGAUUCCUCAUUGGAUCAACGUAUCGGUUCACAUGUACCGGGAUUGUCGGAAAUCCUCCAAUGAGUUUGCGCUGGUGCUAUAAACAGAGCGGAGAAGGCGGAUUUGCUCCGUUAGAAGCUUAUACAGCUGAUAUAUCAGAGUCAGAACCAGUAGUACACCAGGACUGUAACUACAAGAGACAGUCAUUCCUUAAUUACACCAUGACAACACUGGACGUGAACACCGUUCUCUUGUGUGAACCGGUGAGCAGCAUGUUUUUCUGUGGAUAUGGAGCCAUGAACAAAACAUUUGUGGUACGAGCCUUUCCGCGAAACAGUGGGACGCCCAACGAUGCUGCUCGCUGUCAAAUAUCAAGUAGUAUUUUUAUGAUAUUUAUUUUCAGUGUCAUAAAUAAUCUAUGAGUAUGUUGUAACUCUGUGCUAUGUUUAUAUUGUGACAGAACGGAGUGCAUGGGUUAUCUGCAAUAUCAUGAGUGUAAAUCACGUGCAUGUAUAUUUUUCUAAUUACUAAGUAAGUAUUAUACAAAAAUUUCUUAUGAAGUACCAUUACAACUAAAAUUAAUUCAACACGAAAGCCUUGUUCCGAAAAAAAAAUAACAACAUUCAGAAAUGUACUUGUUCUUUUGACUCAAUCCAUUCCUCAUUUCCUUUUCUCCAAUCCAAAUGGAAUUUUUACCCGCAGCUAGGCACAGUAUACACUUGAUUUGUACUUAUUCAUUACAGACACUCGUUUUUGUUGUAAAAUUUUAUUUAUAAAGUAUAUUAAAAACCAAGCUUUGAAUGCAAUCAUUACAUGAAACACGACAAUUACGAGUAUUGCAAGAAAGUUUGCUUUAAAAAACCCUGAGAGCUA